GUUCAGCUGCUAUUUUGUUACUGCUAUUGAGCUGUUGGAAUGCCUUCGCUUUUUGCGAACAAGGAAUGAAUACUUGGACAAAAUUUUGGUGGUGGAACGCAGGAACAACUUGGCCUACAACGGUUAAGGAUGUGUUAGAAAAAGUAUAUGGUACGUGUAACACUUCAGACUAUUGCUUUCAACGGUUGCCAGGCUGGACAAGAGAGAACAAAACCGAGUUACUGGCUGUUGAUUCUCUGGGAACAAUCUAUCAAUGGAAAUUUAAUCCCAAAAACCCAACUGCGCAUGCGGUGUGGCAAGCUCUUCAUGAUCAUCAGGAAACUGCUGCGAAAAAG